AUGCGAGAAGCGCAACUGCACACCGCCGAGGCCUCCCUCUGGAGCGUGGUGGCCACCGUCCAAGCCAUGGAGAGGAAGAUUGACCUGUUGGCCACCCGUCUGCUCAGCCUGGAGGGCCGGUCCGGGACGGCCGAGAAGAAACUUUUGGAUUGUGAGAAGACAGCUAUGGAGUUCGGCAACCAACUGGAGAACAAGUGGGCCGUCCUGGGCACCCUCAUUCAAGAAUACGGCCUCCUGCAGAGGAGACUGGAGAACAUGGAGAACCUUCUCAAGAACCGCAACUUCUGGGUCCUGAGGCUGCCCCCGGGGUCCAAGGGAGAGAUCCCCAAGAUGCCGGUUACGUUUGUGGACAUUGCGGUUUAUUUCUCCGCCGAAGAAUGGAAGAAUUUGGCCGACUGGCAAAAAGACCUGUACAACAAUCUCGUGAAGGAAAACUACGAAUCCUUGCUAACCCUCGACAACGAGCUGCAAAGCAUCCUGGGCCCCCCUCAGGCCUCGGCCGAGCGUCCCCACGGCUGCAGCGAGUGCGGCAAGAUGUUUGGGGUGAAAAAGAGCCUCAAGGUCCACCAGCGCAGCCACCACGGCCAAGCCCGGCUGUACGAGUGCGCCGAGUGCCGCAAGAGUUUCAACUGCCACUCGGGUUUGGUGCGGCAUCAGAUGACCCACCGGGGCGAGCGUCCCUACAAGUGUGGCGAGUGCGGCAAGUGUUACAGCCGCAAGGAGCACCUGCAGAACCACCAGCGGCUGCACACGGGCGAGCGCCCCUUCCAGUGUCCCGUCUGCGGGAAACGCUUCAUCCGGAAGCAGAAUCUACUCAAGCACCAGCGCAUUCACACGGGCGAGCGCCCCUACCAGUGUGCCGAGUGCGGGCGCAGCUUCCGCUACAAAGAGUCCCUCAAGGACCACCUGAGGACUCACGGCGGCGAGGCCUCAGCCCAGCGGCUGUUGCCCGUCUUGGGGAGUGAUGGUCUUCCCUAG